UACAUUACAACAUUGAUGAAAUCGCUAAUAAAAUUAACAUUUCGUUCGAAGCUCGCGCCAAGCGACUCCGCAGUUUUUGUUUAUUUGAUAGCGAUGCAUCGCUAGCUUUUCACUGCACACGCAUGAUCGUUGCAGUCGCCUUGCAGCGCGUUCAACAUGAGCACCGAAAGCUCACUAGAUACCAAUCGUAAUCGGUUUCGGUAUCAACACGUGUGAACUCGGCUUAACGAACUGAAUUAAAUGCCACUUGUAAUUUUUGUUUACUAUUUCCAUAUCGUAAAAUGUGUGUAACAAGUUUUUUCGUGUGAAGUUGUUAUAAUUUUUGGAGCUAUGUGAUUUUUUUCUAAGAAAAUAUUUUAGGGAAAUAAUAUAUUGGAAAAGAACAGGUUAUUUGAAAUAUAUAUUUUAUUUUUUUACGUAAUAAAAAUGCAACCUUCCACUUGCUAGGCGCAGUGCAUAAUUCAUGUACAUGUUUUUGAUUUUGGUUUUAUAUUCAAUCCUAUUUUUCACGAUCGCAUUGAAUUUCAAAUAUGUCUUUAUAAACGGUGAAUGUUUUUAUUUUUGUGGACUAUUUCCCGUUGUGUGUCUCGGGAGGGUGUUGUGUGGAGUCUGAUCUCUGAGGUGCAUCGCGAAACCCGGAUAUGGGAAACCUAAGCAUCUUCACAAUGAGGAUAGCAAGCCUGCUGGUCCUCCAUGCAGCGGGGGCCGGUCUAGCUUCACCAACCGUGCUGGUCUCCCGUCCCGUCUCCAAGGUUCCUGUGGAGUGGCUGCCCAUUGACAACCAGACUGUUUAUAGGCUAGGUGAAGGAGAGAGUAGGAGUUUGGAGCUGAACACGACUUCCAUAUCGCAGAGCAUAGUCUUCAUCACCAUCAGUCCGUGUUCCAGAGACUUCCAUUGGGCGUUGUACUAUGGGAAACCUGGCAAUAACAAUGGCCAACUCAUUCUACAGAAAGAAAGUGGCAGCGGCGAAAUGAGCACAUUCUCUUUAAAUAUAUCUCAACAAGACAAAUAUAUUAUGGUUCUAUCAUCAACUCGAGGUGGUGCAGCCGUGGUCAGCGUGAGAGGGGAAGCGACGAGACAAGUGCGCAUGCGACUCAGGGUGCGUUCACGAAGAAGGCUAGCAGCUAACUGGGAACCUAGCCCCAUCGAUCCUCAAGCAACCACCUACUGUGUAGUAGCCUCCCACAAAAAGAACUACACUUCACUCUGUGCAGCCCAACAUGACAUAAAAACUAAAAGAUUAGAAAACAAAUCUUACCGUUUGAACCAAGACCCGGAUCGUUCGAAAUCAAACGAGCGAUUGAAUGAAACUCGUCUGGAAAUAUUGACAGAAGUUGACAACAAAAUUAACAUAGAAGAUUCUUUGAACAUUUAUGAAGGGAAUUUUAACAAUAUUUUUAGGAGGAAGAAGUUUGGUCGUAGCACAAAAGUAACGGAUGAAGAUCCUGUGAUAGCGUGCGUGGGAGGUAGAACACACCAUUUGAUUGAAAAUCUGGACCCUAGUACGACCUACUUCGUAAGCGUGUUCGGCGUAGCAAAGGACCGUCGAUCAGGAUCUCUACUGGCGACGGGCAGUGUGCGCCCGCGCUCUUCAACUGCUAAGCGACUGAAAGAGAAUGUUCCUAUCAAGGCAGAUAUACGAGGAAGAAAUGUAUUUUAUUUCAAGGCAACUGUUGGUGCUGGCGGAGGCCUCUGGCUGACUUUAUCAACCUGUGGAGGUGCAGUUGAUGUUGAAGUACUGGUCAGAGGAAAGAGACUUCAUAUGGCUAGAAACAUAGACCCUCAUUCCAAAUUCUUCGUGCCAGCACCAAUUUCAAUGUCUUCAAUACAAGAGACGAGUGAUGAAGGAUCCGUACAGUUUGAUUCCAGUUCAGAGGAAGCUAGAAUGAGAUUCGUCAUCAAAGUCAUACCUAGCAAAUGGGAUAGGGAUCGGGCGGUUGGAUUAGAACUAAUAGCAUCAACCACGCGAUGGGGGGUCAGCACUCCAGAGCUGACUGAAGAUGGAGCAGUAAGAGAGAUCAGACCAAAUAGAUCGUGUACGUCCGUAGACGUCGCAUUCUUGCCUGCCACACAUAAUGCCACUGAUGUCAUCAGAUACUGCAUCAUGGCCCGAGAGACUGUGAGUGGGGAAGUCUAUAGUUGCUGGUUUGGCAGAAGAGCUGGAAAAGGCCAAUGUGUCGUUCAUACAGAGAAGUCGCCUGUGAUCGUGCAAAAAAUCGGAGGACUAAAAGCUGGGAGGAAGUAUGCUAUCCAAGUAAUGGCUUCGAACAAAGGCCAUUCAGUGCCAUACAACAUUUUAUACGUGGACACUAAAAUCUCGUGUAAAGAGGACUAAUGUGACGUCAUGUUUUGUGAAGCAAGAAAAAAAAAUGCAAGACAGCUAUAGAAAAUCUUGUAACAACAAACAAAUUCUUGCAUGUAUUUCAUAUGAAUUCUUGCGGAACAAAAACUACCUUUCGUAACAGUAUUAGUAGAAUAAAAUUACCUAUACGAGUGUUUCUUUUAUUAUAGUUUUAAAAUCAUAUUUAUAUUCUUGUGAAAAAAUUUGAAAUCUGUAUUAAAAGCUGUGUUAAAAAGUUUAAAAAACAUUGCACUGCAAAUGAAGAUAUGGUUUACCUACUACCAGACUUAUUAAAAAUUGUAUUAUUAACCUGAGAACAUAGUAUAAAUCAAAUAUUUUUUGUAAUAAUAUUUUAAUAAAAAAAAAUCACGAGCUAACGAGCAAGCGAUUUACCCGGGUCAACAUUCGGAAACAUUAUUUUUAUUAUCUACUAUUGAUAUCGGAUAUUUAUAGACAACCUAGCCACUGAAAUAAAACUGUAAAUACCGAUGUUUUUAAAAAUAUGUAUUAGAUAGUUAAGUAAUUGUUUCUGCUUAAUAAGCUUAUUAUGGUAUGUUGUUUUAAUAUUACGUAGGACAAUUAAUUUAAUCGUAGUUUAUAAGUAUUUCGUAGGAAGGAGGAAAGUGGCAUUUAUAAUUUGUUUUAGUUGUAAGUUAAGGUGUGAUUAGGACACUAAACUUAAGCACAUUGUCAUUCGAUAUUUUGUUGUGUUAACACUAUGCUAUUUAUACCAUACGAUGGAAUUAACUGUAACGCAUUAUUAAAGUGUUAAAUAAUGCUUGACCUCUUCAGGAAGUUUUCACAAAAAGAUAAGUACCUAUACAACAAAGUUUUCAGCAAUUGGGUGAGCAUAAAUACGAAAUCUGUAAGUUCCUAUU